CAAAGACAGCGUUCAACAAGAUAACACAUUUUCAAAGGCUUGCGCUUCUGAGUUGCAUUGACAUGAUCCAUUGUAUUAUUUGAAAAUAAUAACGCCAUUGAAGCGGUGCUCUCGACGCGAUUUGGUUACAUCACGCGACGGAAGCUUCAUAGUGUCGAGCUUGCCCUUGUUCAACACCAUAAGCUGAAACGGAGAUGCCAAUACUAUAACCAAGAUGAGCCGCUAUCUCACUCCAUCCAAAGUUGCACUACUGUGCCUCAUCUCCAUCUACACAGAUGGAGUGGUCCCGAACUCCUCCGCCAUCCAUGUCCUCUCUUUCCUGGUAUCGUGUCUAUUCCCCAUAGAAGACACGGGAAUCUCCACGUCAAAGAAAUGGGAAACAGACGCCACAGUCUCAAUCUCAGAUUUAGAGAAGAUCCUUUCCGCGCAACCAUCCUCUGUCCCGGGACGUUCGGUAUGGGAUCUGUUCCUCAGGAAGAUCUGGUCCCUCGAUUCCUGCGAUGCACUCGAGGUCUUCUUCGCGGGUAUCUCCAAAAUGCUAGUCAAGACCCGUGAAGAGCAGAUACGUGAUAGAGACAAUGGCCUUGCUCCUGAACCUGAAAUGGGCCCUAUGCGACUUUCGAGGAACUCGCCUCUGGGCACGUUUGUGAGAAGAGCUCAGCUUGAAUUCACGAGACUUCAGUUUCAUGACUCGGUUAAGCUAUGGAAAGGCUUUGUUAAGUAUCGUUUGCCGACAUACCGCGUUUGGGCGAAGAAGAAUCCGUCGAGCGAACAGGCUUCUAUCGAUAUGAAUCUUCUUGAGCUCCAACUGGAUGAAAAUAGUUAUCUUGCUCAGGUUGUGUACGGUAAUAUGGAUGAUGACACGGAAUAUGAAAGGAACGUUAGCACUAGAGAUGUGGAGCGUUUAUUGGAGUUUCAGAUUGGCGAGUUGCAGAGACUGGGCGGAAGAGUUCCGGACGAGAUGAAAGCGCAAUUAGAACGCAUCCUAUCAUCAGGAGUGACACUUCCCAACUUGACCCACUAUCUCAAAUUCCUCGAUGCCUGGAGAGCAGGAGACUAUCCAUCAUCAUUCGACAACCUCCAUCGUUACUUCGACUAUACCAUGCACAGCCGUGACCGGAGCGCGUACCAAUAUGCGCUGCUUAACCUGGCUAUCCUUCAAGCUGACUUCGGUUGUCAUGGAGAAGCGGUUUCUGCUAUGCAGGAGGCUGUUUCCAUUGCACGAGAAUCCCACGACGUGAACUGCCUGAACUUCUGCAUGAGUUGGCUGUAUCAUUUUGGCAAAGCAUUCCCGGAGCAGAUGAAGGAUGUCCAGAAUACGGGUAUGCUUGGUAAUGAGAAAGAAGGGCUUGCGUUCUUGAAGGCCAAGGCCAAGGAAACUGAGAUGUGGAGUUUAUUGAGCACUACGUUGUUGAGUGAAGCUAAACUCGAGAUGCAAAACGGAGAGAGCCUUGCUUCGGCUAUCGAGAAUAUGGUCCGAGCAUCGCAUUUGAAUGUCACCAAGAACCAUGUGAGCUCCAUGGGGCCGCAACUACUUCUGCAAACUGCACUUUAUGCGCGGAUAGGGGUUACACAUCUCUCAUGGCUGAGCAGUGAAAUCUUCCGAGAAUGUUAUGCGAAUAAUGCACCAUUCGAAGACUACCUCAGAAGCACCUUUCGAAAUUGUCAGCUGCUAGCCCAACAGGGCCGGUAUCGUGACGUGUCGGCUUUGAUGAAACAAAUCGCACCCGAGAAACUACGCUCGCUCAAAGCAAACCAACAAUGGACUUGUUUCUCAGGAAUUUUACAAUUACAGCGCCAAAUCUACCGCGACGACAAAGUAGCAGCCGACCACCUCGUUACCCAACUCCAAUCCAUCCACCUCCCCGACAGCGAUAUUUCCCCUCUAAUCUCCUUUCUCACUAUUGAACACCAAAUCCGCCAAGGCAAUUAUAGCCAAGCCCUUGAAACCGUCGAAAAGGCCGCCCAAACAAUGCACCAAGACAACUUCGACAUCCACUUCCAAGUCAAACUCCUUUGCCUGAAAGCCCGCAUCCUCGAGAAAACCGAUCAGCCACAGCGCGGCUUCUCGCUGGCCAUGCGGGCAGCAAGUAUCGCGCACGGCUCGCGACUCCUCCCGGGUCUCUGGGAAGCUAUCUGCGUGCUGGGAGGGGUUUUGCUGAGUCUGAGCGAGUUCGAGGCUGUUUCUGAACUUGUCGAGAGUAUUAUGCCGCGGGUUCUGGAGACGGAUGAUUGUGAUCUUGCGGCAAGGGCUUAUUCGCUGCUUGUGGAUGCAAAUAUGGGCAUUGCGGGGGUUAUGUGGAGUCAAGGGCAGGGGAAUACACCUGCGCGGAAGGAGUUUGUGAACCGCGCACUGGGGUAUAUUGAUUUUGUGUAUGAUCAGUACGAGGAGAUUGAGGAUAUACAGGGGCAGUGUGAGAUGAUGGCGAAGAAGGCUACGGUUAUGCAUCUUACGGGGGAUUUGGUGCUAGCUAAUGAUUAUGCGGCGAAGUAUUUAGAUCUGAGGAAGCAGUGUGCUAUUGAAGUCUAGAUUAUAUGAUGAUCUUGUCCCAAGUAUCAUGAUAUCCUCUUGUUUAUUGGUUUCAAUGUCUGCAAAACGGACGAAUGCCUGAGCUCGAAUUACUAAUGCUGACCGGGACUUCUUAAUCAUAUGAUCCAAUUUGACAUCCAUGGAAUGCGCCGGCUCAUAUAAACAGAAUCAGAAUUGAUGUAUGAUUGUUCGAACCGAUAUGAAGAGUAAAAUUCUAGUAACAAAAGAAAACUGUAGAUUAACAGUGUUGCUAAUUCCUCUUCAAUUCGUAAUGAAAGCCUCCCAUGCUCAAUUCUGGCUACAUUCUCCUGGAAUCUUUUUCGAUAAAUAUACAUGUAUCCUUCUGUCUAGAUCCGAGAUUCGAGAAGGCUGCCACUGGAUGCGCUCAUGUUGGGAAUAAUUUAAGUGGGCUUGUCCUUGUUGUGGUAGUUGACGCUCGAGUUCCAG